GCACCUGGAUUUCUUGUCCCGCCACCAUGUUAACACCAUUUUAAUGAUGAAAUUAUUAUUUUUUAUUUAUUUUAUUUUUCUUCGAUUAUUAAAAAAAAAAAAACCGUUUCUUCUUUCGGAUAUGCCUCUCCCAUUUAAUGGACUCAACCGCUCUCUUUACGAUCUUAACUUAUUGAUGAUUGCUGAAGGACUCUCCAGUUUCAUUUUCAGAAAUUAUUUUUGUUAGUGAGUAGUCAUGCAAUCUCAUUCAUCGUCUCUGAAUCUUCAGAAUCUACGCCAUUUCCAAUCUCGCAAGAGGUUGUGUUUUCCUCGAUUCGAUUUGGUUCCUCGGCGUCGCCAUUCUUAUAUCUUUUACGGUGUAAAGUUAAAUGGAUCAAAUAUUCGGAAAUGUGGGUGUCGAUUGCGGCAUAGUGUUGUUCAAGUUAAAGCCUUUGAUGAGGAUUUUGGUUUUUCUUCACUUGACAACUGGAGUGACAAUGAGGGGACUGCGGGGUACAUGUUUUCAUCUAGUGACGGAGAAGACAGUGAUGGAGAAAUUGUACUAAACCCAGUGAGUGAUAUUGAUUUGCCUACUAAGUCGGCGUCAAGUGAUGAAGCUCUGAGAGUAACUUCAUACAGGCUUGCAAUGAUGGGGAGAAUACGCAAAAGAUACAGGAUCAAACUUGGAUUGUUUAACAAUCUUGGACUGAUAACUUUCUUGACGGUGCUGCUUUUAUUUGUGGAUUGGUGGGGAUGGAAGAUCGUCAGACUGCCCUUGGCACCAUUGUACAUGACCCGCCCCUUUUUUAUAUCAGCAGCUUUAGUCGCUUGUGCGGGUUAUAUAUGUGUCCCAUUGCUUAAAAGUCUAAAGAUUCGUCAAGUCAUCAGGAAAGAAGGGCCUCCUAAGCAUGCCAGGAAAAAGAGAACUGCCACAAUGGGUGGACUGUUUUUUGUUCCAAUUGGGGUGGCUGUAGCAAAAGCCACUGCAGGUUACUCUUCUAUUGAAGUUUCUGCUGCAUCAGCUGCAACUCUAGCAUUUGCUGUAAUUGGGCUAAUUGAUGACAUGUUAAGCUUCAUCAAGAAUCAUAAUAGUGGAAUAUCUGCAUGGUUAAGAUUAAUUUUGGAGAUAGCUGUUGGGACGUGCUUUUCGUUUUGGUUGAAUACCACAAAUAUAUCGUCUCCAUAUGGCAUGAAAAUGUUGGUUCCUCUACCUGCCCCACUUGGCCUUCUGUUUUUGGGAAAAUUCUAUCUGUUGUUGACUUCCUUUACUUUUGUUUCCAUGGGAAAUGGGAUUAAUUUGACAGAUGGUCUUGAUGGGCUGGCUGCAGGAACUGCUGCACUGGCUUUUAUUGGAAUGUCAGUUGCAGUGCUUCCAAUAUGUCCAGAGCUUUCUAUAUUUGGAGCAUCAAUGGCAGGAGCAUGUGUUGGUUUUCUAUUGCACAACCGAUACAGAGCAUCUGUUUUUAUGGGUGAUACUGGAUCCUUGGCCCUUGGUGGUGCGUUGGCUGCAAUGGCCGCUUGUACUGGAAUGUUUUUACCAUUAUUUGUUUCAUCUGGGAUCUUUGUGGUAGAAGCUCUGUCUGUUAUUAUGCAGGUAUUGUACUUCAAAACAACAAAGCGCUUGCUUGGAGCUGGUCGACGAUUGUUUAGAAUGGCACCCUUUCAUCAUCACCUGGAAUUAUGUGGUCUCAAAGAGCCGAUAAUCGUGGCAGGCGCUUAUGUUAUGUCAUCAGUGUUGGCUUUAUUCGCUGGAUAUGUAGGUCUUAUAUCAGCAUAAUUCUGGAAGCAUUUCCCCUUCCCUCAUUUGAUUUUGUAGUUAGGCAACGGCAAAUCACAGAUUAACUUAAUUCAUUUUUUGAUCUUUAACAAAGGAAAGCAAUAGAACAGUGUACACGGUGAGUAUUCCUGUCGAUUACAUUUGUGGAUGAAGGAUUGUUGUAAUUCCAACUUCAGCCUAAGAGCCAUAUUAAUUCCAGCAGUUAUGCUCCACGGAUUACAGUAAAUCAAUUUCAGCAGUAAGCAGCUCUGUCUUAUAUGUAAUUUUUUGACAAGCAAAAGAACAAGGAAAAUUACUUUUAUGGUCUGUUAGAAGAUGUUCAUAAUUCCCAUCUGGUUCUCUUUUUAUUACCA